CAUAGUUAGCAGGCUAGAAGAAGACAAAUUGCUAGCCUGUGGAAUCUGCAUCGUUUUAGCUAUGAAAAAUAGAAAGACAACUUGACAAUUGUUCUUGAGAUAUCCUUUUAAACAUUCAUAAUGAUGCUCAGGCUAUUGGUAGAUCGUAUUUGGCCGGAUUAACUAGCUCCGCAAUAUCUGGUGCUAAAUUACCUCUUUGUCUUUGUUCCAAAAAUUUCAACUGAGAAUGCUUGUUGUUUAGUACAGUAGUAGCUAGCUACGCCUGGUGACCUGUCACAGCUGAGCUUGCUAGCAACAUAGCUAGGCUUGCUUAAAUUAAUUGACAACAAAGCUUUCUAGCCGACGGGUUUGCCUUGUUAUAGAUAUAUCAGUGUGCAGGGGAGAGAUGGGCACCCUGGGCAGCCGGAUGCAGGCCUCCUCCCAGGAUCCAGAGGAAGCAGUUGAGACGGCAUGUGCCAGUGGCAAGCAUGGAUGUGAGUGCAGAAAGAGGAAACGGACUGCACACUGCGACUGUGACAGUGAGCCUGAUGAGGAAGAUGCCUUACUGGACACACCACGGAGGAAGAAGCUAAAGAGCACUUCUAAGUACAUCUAUCAGACCUUGUUCCUGAACGGGGAGAACAGUGACAUCCGCAUCUGUGCCUUGGGGCAGGAGUGGAACCUGCACAAAGUCUACCUCUGCCAGUCGGGGUAUUUCUCCAGCAUGUUCAGUGGAUCCUGGAAGGAGUCCAACAUGAUGGUCAUACCGUUAGAGAUCCCAGACCAGAACAUCGACACAGAGGCUCUGCAGGUAGUGUUUGGAUCUCUGUACCGGGAUGAUGUUCUGAUCAAGCCCAGCAGGGUGGUCAGUAUCCUAGCAGCAGCUUGUAUGCUCCAACUGGAUGGUCUGAUCCAGCAGUGUGGUGAGACCAUGAAGGAGAACGUCAGUGUCAAGACCGUGUGUGGCUACUACUCCUCUGCCAGCAUCUACGGCCUGGACUCUGUUAUGAAGAAGUGUCUGGAAUGGCUCCUCAAUAACCUCAUGACUCAUCAGAAUGUUGACCUGAUGAAGGAGCUGGGAGUGGACGUGAUGGAACCGCUGAUCCAGUCAUCUGACCUGUUCGUCAUGCAGGUGGAGAUGGACGUCUACACCGCCCUGAAAAAGUGGAUGUUCCUGCAGCUCAAUCCAUCCUGGGACGGUCCCAUCAAGCAACUGCUGGCUGACGCUGACGCCUGGCUUUGCAAACGCAGAACUGAGUUGGGAGAGGAGGAGCCCUUCUUAAAAACAGAGGACGGCACUCCCUUUACUCCUGUCUUCAGACAUGUGCGCCUACAAUACAUCAUCAACGACCUGGCGUCUGCACGCAUCCUGGAGAGAGACAACAUUCUCCCACCUGAUUGGCUGACCUCCGUGUACAAAAGCCAGUGGUUUGCCAUGCUACGGACGGAACACGACAAUGACAAUGGUCCACAGGAUGCCAACAAGGAGGAGUUUGAGUCAAGCAGUAUGAGGUGUGGCAGGAAACUGACCAAAGAUGGAGAUUACUGUUGGAGGUGGACGGGCUUCAACUUUGGCUUUGACCUGCUGGUGACCUACACCAACCGCUUCAUAGUGUUCAAGAGGAAUACACUGAGCCAGCCAUGUGGGGGAGCUGUGAGUCUGCAGCCUCGGAGGCAUCUAGCAUACAGGUUACGCCUGGCCUCCUUUGAUAACAGUGGGAAGCUGGUGUGUAGUCGAUCCACUGGUUACCAGCUUCUCACCCUGGAGAAAGACCAGGAGUAUGUGGUGAUGAACCUGGACAGUCGGCUCUUGUCGUUCCCCCUCUAUGUGUGCUGUAACUUCCAGUACACAUCUCCUCAUAUGGACCGCCGUCCUGAUGCCCCUGAACCAGAGAGCAGCGCCCGCAGUGUAUCCUGAUAUCAGCUCCACACCCUCAGCCCAGUCCCCUUAUAAUAUAGGCUAGUCCUGUCCCAAACCAGCAUCUUCCAUGGUCCCUCUCUGAUCUCAGGCUGUGGCCCACAGCUUCUACCCCACACAACCCUGGCAGCUGCAUGCUCUUUAGCCCAGUCUGUUGUGUUUUGGGAUACGUUGUGUUUUUCAAAAAUAUUUAUCAUUCUUCAGUUUUCAUUUUAUAACAUUCAUUAUUUGAAGGUUCAUUUUUUAUUUCAUUCAUUUGACAUGCCUUUUUUGUAUAAUUUAUUGUGCUUUUUUUAUGAAAGAAAAAACCCACAAAAAACCUUACACUGCCAAAAUAUUGUCCACACCAGUGGGCUGUGGUGCUAUCAGAAGUGUGACCAUGGUCAUCUCUCACAGGGAAUUAUCAGUUACUAGGUCUGUACAUCCAUUACUAUCCUCUAUGUAAUUACUAACACGUACAAUAUUGCUAAUUGAGUAUGUUGGCCACUAUAGUGGGUCUGAAUUAGAUGUGAAUUUCAAAUACCUACGGCAGAAUAUGGUGCUGCUUUUAAACUUUCAAAAUAUUUGUUUAAUUUCUAGUCUACAUUUUGGAUAAUUGUAAUAUACAUGCCAUAAUGUGUUGGACAAAUAUUUAUUUUGGACCAAAGUGGCAUGGCAGUCUUGACAAAAUAGUUUACUGAUCUACUGUCAGUUUGAUCUACAGUGGUGGCUUAUCUUUACACUGUGCAGUCAUUCAUGAUAUAGUACUAUUCGUAUUGUUGCGUUGUCGAGAAGAACCUGCAAGUAAGCAUUUCGUUGGACAGUGUAUACCAUGUGUAUCCUGUACAUAUGACUAAUAACUUGAAACUUGUGCUGUAAUAUCCUCACUGAAAUGCUGUCAAUUAGUUUUUUUUACCAUUUAGUCUGCAUAUAUUUGUACAUUAUACAGAUUUCACUAUGCUGUACAUGCUUAGUUAUUAAAACUGGUGUUUUCAAAAGCUGUA